CGCUCUUUUCCCCUUCCCUUCGCUAGAGCCUUCUAGAACCUUCCGUUCCACCCGGAGCCAUCGCCAUGGCCGCCGCCGCCUCCUCCUCCUCCGCCCGGCGCUUCCCCCUCCUCCAUGAGACCCUCCUUCUGUCCUUCAAGCCGCGGGUCUUCCCCGACUGUUUGUUCGAGAUCGACGCGAAGCGCACCGACCCGGCCGCGCCCAUCAUCGUGGCGGCGUUCGAGGGCGACAUCCCCACGAUUAAGAGGCUGGCGAAGCAGAGGAAAAGGGAGGGGGGAAGCGUGGAGGCGGUGGAGGGGAUCAAGGGCUCCCAGAGCAGCAGGCGCCUCGGGGCGCUCCAUGUGGCGGCCUUCGCCGGGAAGCACAAGAUGUGCAAGUUCCUCAUCAAGGAUCUCCGCCUCGACGUCAACGCGGCCGCUGAGCAUGGUUUAUCUCCUCUGAUGUGUGCAAUAUACGGUAUUGCGCCUAAAAGAAUUGUGGAGCUUCUACUUGAUCGUGGUGCUAAUCCAAACAUAGAAAACAGGGAAGGGUUUACCGUGCUCCAUGUUAUUGCAACAAAGAAAGAUCCAUUUUUUUCAGAUCUCUUUGGGAUAGCAGAUAUAUUGUUAUCCAGAGGGGCCAAUGUUGACUCUAUGAGCUCAGAAGGAACACCACUACAUAUUGCUGCUCAGUGUGGAAAUGUGGAAAUGAUGGAUGUACUGUUGAAGUAUAAGGCAAAUCCUAACAGAGUUGUGCGACUAUUCUAUGCACCACUUACAUUGGCUCUCUUCGCUUCUUCAUUGAAAUGUGUUGAACUACUUAUUAAGCAUAUUACAAAACACCAUCUUCACAAUUCUGUGGCUGGUGCUGAUGUCAAUGCUGGUAGCCCUGCAACUCCAUUAACAUUAGCUGCAACGGAUGGCUUAGCUGACUGCAUCAAGUGCUUGUUGGAAGCUCAUGCUGAUCCCAAUAUUCCUGACGAAAUUGGUAGAAUGCCAGUGGAAUUAGCUGCAAUCCAUGGAUGGAAGGAAUGCGUUGAGAUUCUCUUUCCUGUCACAUCCCGUGUAGCUAGAUUCGCAGACUGGAGCAUUGAUGGAAUAAUGCAACAGUGCUCAGAUGGUAAUCUUCAUAAAAGUGAGGAACCUGCUUUCAAAGCGCUAGGGGAUGCUGCAUUUAAGAGAAAGGAUUAUACUCAUGCAUCAGCUCUAUACACCAAGGGAAUGGAGACUGACCCUAAGGAUUCAACCUUGUACGCAAAGAGGAGCCUUUGCUGGCUGCGUAUGGGUGAGAAAGACAAAGCUUUGGAUGAUGCCAAUACCUGCAAAUGUAUGAUUCUUGAUGUAUCAAAUUGCUGCCCUGAGCAAGGAGCAGCUCUAAUACCGACGGAGGACUAUGGCCAAGCAUCUGAAGCUCUUAUAUCUAGCUUGAAGUUGGAUUCUGGAAGCGGCCUGGUUGGUGAAGUAUAUGGGGAGGAGGAUAAGUGAAUAAAGGUUAGUUACUGCCUGGACAUGUAAAGCGUCCACUGAAGUUGUGAGGUGUUGUGUUUUGUUCGAUCUUGCACGUUGUACUGUAUAGCCUGUUGAUAUUCUGGUGAACAAAACGAUGUAAAGCGUGGAGAUGUAAGUACCUAUGCAUAGCACAAAGGAGUAGCUGGAUUGUAGAUGAUGCCUACAUGUUACAUAUGGUACUGAGCUGUGAAACUGAUCCAUGUACCAUAGUUGCUUACUUGGGGUAUAACUGCGAAUUUGGGACAAUAACUACACCACUAUUGCAAUUGAGAUUGU